UAUCAGUAGGAACUCUUUAAAUCUGACUCUUCGUCAGAGACACGACACAGUGGCUGAUUAAUGGGAGCACAGUGGGAGCUUUGUCUCUCGGUCUCUGUAGAAACUGGGAGAAAGGGAUUGUUUUGAAACCAUGGCAGAGAAAACAGGGAUUUCCCUCCUCCGCCCAGCUGCAGCGAGGCCGUGCCUUCUUUUCAUAAAUUCCAAAGAACUGGUUUCCUCUUUCUGAACAGACAUGCAAAACACACUCGCACACACACCUACACAAAAGGUCUCUGCCUCACACAUGCACACACACGUCUAAAAAAAACACACACUCCACCCCGCCGCCAGCUGUUACUGGUUAGGCAGUCGGGCCCUGAGGAGGAGGAGCAGGCAGGCAGGAGUCAUGGAGCAGCAGCUGGAGCUCGCGGCCCUCGCUCUGGCCCUCACCGGGUGGCUGUGUGCUGUCCUGACUCGCUGCCUGGCUCUGUGGACGGUGAGCGGCACCCUGGACAACACCACCGCCACUCUGCCGGCCUACUGGGACGGGGUGUGGCUGCAGUGGGAUCACUGGGACCUGGCCCACGAUGGCAGCCUGCACUGCUCCUUCUACCAGUCUCUCAUGUCUCUCUCUGGGAGUUUUCGGACGUGGAGAGCCCUCAUCAUGGCGGCCAUCGGAGCCGGUGCUUUUGCUGUGGUGAUUGGAGCAGCGGGGGCGAUUUGGUUCCCAAAGCGGGGCCAGAUCAAAGUCUUUUCUGGAGCUCUGUUUGUUUUGUCUGGGAUCCUGCUGCUGGUUCCCACAGCCUGGACGUGCCACCACACCAGUCAGCCACUGGAGGGCGCUGUGCUGCUGAGGAGAGACUGGGGGCCUGCGCUCUACCUCGGAUGGAUCUCCUUUGGUCUGAUGCUGGUUGGAGGGGCGUUUCUCAUCACCAGGUGCCCCACCAGUGAGAGGCCGGAGCCUGAGCAGAGCCGGUACCCGAAUCUGGAGGAGGAGGCCAGUCACCCUCUGAGCCGCAUCAACAGGACUGCGUUCACAAACAGCCAGUAUGAGCGCAGAUCAGAGCCCAUCUGAGGAGGCUGUGGGGACAGAUUUAUCUGAGUGGUGAAACUGGAAAUUCACCAACAUGUGAAAAGACUGAGGACACAUUUAACAGCAGAGGACGAGAUCUGGCUGCACGUGUUCAGUCACAAAGCACUGAAGUAGAAGCUAGGGGUCGACCGAUGUCGGUUUUUCAGGGCCAGUAAUACCAAUAAUUAGUAUUUAAUGAGACCAAUAAUAUAUAUUUGGAACCAAUUUGCAUUUGAAGUAAAAAAUAAAAAUCUUUCUGUCAGUAU